AGCCUUCUCCAAGCCACUCACACGCCCUCCUCCGUCCUCUCCAUCUUCUUGCUGAGGGUCCCUGGCUCUGUGCUUCCUCUUGGCCCCUCUCACUUCCUGAAACACCCUGAAGAGGGCUGCUUAUCUUGAUGGAGCUCCGUGAGCCCUACGGGACAGGGGAAGGCGGAGUCCUUGAGCGCAUCUGUCUGGGGAACUAAGAGCGACAACUCUUUCAGAUUCUGCCCACGAAGCUUUGGGGAGCCCAGGGAUGUGUGGCCGGCAGAGGGGCUGGAAGUGAGCCCUGUGAUGGGCUCUCUCUAAGGCGCGGAGGUCCUCCAGGGGCGGGCCCCACCAGAGACCAGAAGGCAUGGGCGAGCUGUGAGUUGUAGACUGUGGCUGCUGCACCUGGACCUCCAGCAAGAGCUGAGCUCCCCGGCUCGCCCGGAGCCUGUUUGUGCACCUGUCACCGGGAGGCUCCUCUGGGAAACCAAGAUGCCUGUCAACAGCACCACCCUGACGUGGGCCAACAUAUUCUACAUCAUCAUGGAGAUCGUCAUUGGGCUCUGCGCCAUAGUGGGCAACGUGCUGGUCAUCUGGGUGGUCAAGCUGAACCGCAGCCUGCAUACCACCACCUUCUAUUUCAUUGUCUCCCUAGCCCUGGCUGACAUUGCUGUUGGGGUGCUGGUCAUGCCCCUGGCCGUUGUCGUCAGCCUGGGCCUCACGGUCCACUUCUACGGCUGCCUUCUCAUGGCCUGCUUGCUGCUGGUCUUUACUCACGCCUCCAUCAUGUUCUUGCUAGCCAUUGCUGUGGACCGAUACCUGCGGGUCAAGCUCACGGUCAGAUACAGGAGUGUCACCACUCAGAGGAGAAUAUGGUGCUCCCUGGGCCUUUGCUGGCUGCUGUCAAUCCUGGUGGGGUUGACCCCCAUGUUCGGCUGGAACAUGAAACUGUCCCCGGAGUCCCCCAGAAAUGUGACCUUCCUUCCUUGCCAGUUCCGUUCGGUCAUGAGGAUGGACUACAUGGUGUACUUCAGCUUCUUCACUUGGAUUUUCAUCCCCCUGGUUGCCAUGUGCGCCAUCUAUAUGGACAUCUUCUGUAUCAUCCGGAACAAACUCAGUCUGAACAUUUCCAGCUCCAGGGAAACAGGUUCAUUUUAUGGACGGGAGUUCAAGACGGCCAAGUCCUUGUUCCUGGUUCUCUUUCUGUUUGCCUUGUCCUGGCUGCCUUUAUCCAUCAUCAACUGCAUCAUCUACUUUAAUGGUGAGGUGCCCCAGGUGGUGCUGAACUUGGGCAUCCUGCUGUCUCACGCGAACUCCAUGAUGAACCCUAUCGUCUAUGCCUUUAAAAUAAAAAAGUUCAAGGAGACCUAUUUCUUUAUCUUCAAAACCUGUAUGAACUGCCAGCCCUCUGAUUCCUUGGACCCACAUAUUGAACAGAUUUCUUAGUAGUUAUCCAUGAAAGAUGAUUGUCUGACCUUCAGAUUCAACAUCAACGCACAAUUCAGGUCCUAUCCACCUGGGCCGAGGUCUUUCACAUCCGUGAUUCCUCCCACUGAUGUGGGAAGCAUUUGGCCGGCUGUCUUUGACUGUACCUCUUCUACUACCCUCUGCCUCUAAUUUGAUUUUUCCCCCCCACUUUGUCAUUCCUCCCUAAUUCAAUUCUCUGGAUGCCUGACUUGAGUACAAUGUUCUAUUGUUAAUAUUGCCCAUGUUCCUCCUUCCCCCCAAAAGAAGUCACAGAAUCUGAAGGAAACCUCAUUGAUUUACUGAUAAAAGGUCCCAUUCAGGCUGGACAUGCAUGUGGUGGCGACUCCGCUCCACUCCAUGGACCCUGCUCUCAGCAGAUGCCCGGGAGACGGUGGGGACAGGAGUGAGCUGAGUUUAAGGGGAUACUUACACUGCCAAAAUCCAUCUGUAAAUGUAUCUGAGUCAAUAAAAGAUGAUGACCAA